GGCGGAGUGGGCGGAGAGAGUGAGGAGGAAGAGGAGGCGGUGCCGCCCCACAAUACCCGGCGGGCGGGCGGUAGGCGGCGUAUCCGGGCUGUGAGGCGCGGAGCCGCGGCAGAACCUGCUGCCCCUGUCUCUUGAACGCGAGAGGAAGCGAUGCGGAGGGGAGGAAAAUGGCAGAGCUGCAGAUGUUACUAGAGGAGGAGAUCCCGUCUGGCAAGAGGGCGCUUAUCGAGAGUUACCAGAACCUGACCCGGGUGGCGGACUACUGCGAGAACAACUACAUCCAGGCUACAGACAAGAGAAAAGCUUUAGAAGAGACCAAAGCUUAUACAACCCAGUCUCUAGCUAGUGUUGCUUAUCAAAUAAAUGCAUUGGCCAACAAUGUACUCCAGUUGCUGGACAUCCAAGCUUCUCAGCUUCGGAGAAUGGAGUCUUCCAUCAAUCAUAUCUCACAGACUGUGGAUAUUCAUAAAGAGAAAGUGGCUCGAAGAGAAAUUGGUAUUUUGACAACAAAUAAGAAUACAUCAAGAACUCACAAAAUAAUAGCACCUGCAAAUAUGGAGCGCCCUGUGAGGUAUAUUCGGAAACCUAUUGACUACACAGUUCUGGAUGACGUGGGUCACGGUGUCAAGUGGCUAAAAGCCAAGCAUGGAAAUAACCAGCCUGCAAGAACUGGCACGUUGUCGAGAACAAAUCCUCCUACUCAGAAACCGCCGAGCCCUCCCAUGUCAGGCCGGGGAACACUGGGGCGGAAUACUCCCUAUAAAACCCUUGAGCCUGUUAAACCCCCAACUGUCCCAAAUGAUUACAUGACCAGCCCUGCGAGGCUGGGGAGUCAGCACAGUCCGGGGAGGACAGCUUCUUUAAAUCAGAGACCAAGGACACACAGUGGAAGUAGUGGAGGAAGUGGAAGUCGAGAAAACAGUGGAAGCAGUAGUAUUGGCAUUCCCAUUGCUGUACCUACACCUUCCCCACCCACUAUUGGACCAGCAGCCCCGGGCUCAGCUCCUGGUUCCCAGUAUGGCACAAUGACCAGGCAGAUCUCUCGACACAACUCUACCACUUCCUCAACAUCUUCUGGUGGAUACAGACGGACUCCCUCUGUGACCGCUCAGUUUUCUGCUCAGCCUCAUGUUAACGGAGGGCCGCUUUACUCUCAAAAUCCAAUUUCUAUUGCUCCACCCCCUCCCCCUAUGCCUCAGUUGACUCCACAGAUACCUCUCACAGGCUUCGUGGCCAGGGUGCAGGAAAACAUUGCCGAUAACCCAACUCCACCACCACCUCCUCCGCCAGAUGACAUUCCCAUAUUUGAUGACUCCCCACCUCCACCGCCCCCUCCUCCAGUGGACUAUGAGGAUGAAGAAGCUGCAGUAGUUCAGUACAAUGAUCCAUACGCAGAUGGGGAUCCUGCCUGGGCUCCCAAGAAUUACAUUGAAAAGGUUGUUGCAAUAUAUGAUUAUACAAAAGACAAGGAUGACGAGCUGUCAUUUAUGGAGGGUGCAAUCAUUUACGUGAUAAAGAAGAAUGAUGAUGGCUGGUAUGAAGGAGUCUGCAAUCGAGUGACUGGCCUCUUCCCUGGGAACUAUGUUGAAUCAAUCAUGCACUAUACUGAUUAAUUUUUUUAUUGUUUUGCUUUUAAAGUAGAUUCUUAUUACUCAUACUGUGGACUAUUACAGUUAACAGAAUUGUCUUAAUGUUUUAAAAUGUGCCCAUAUUUUCAGGAAAUGUUGUUUAUUGGUAUAUUUGAAUGUCCACCUAUAAGCAUAAAUCUUUGUGGCAGUUUGUGUAUUGCUCAACAGCAAUUUAUACAAGAAGCUGCCCAUAAAUGAUUAUGCUUAUGUACUUACACAUUGUUAACUUUAUGACCAGCCUAAAUUUUCUGGGGAAGUGGGGUAUAAUAUUUAACAAAUCAUGAUUCAGAUUGUACCAUUACAUGUCUCAGUGCAGCAUGGUUACUAAUACUAUGUCAGACUAAUAUUAAAAUCAGAAAACUUAAAUGCUGGUGCUGGCCAUACUUUUUGUUUAGAUUCUCUCAUUUUUAAAAACUGUUUAAAGCAUGCAUAAAAAUUUAUGUAUUGAAAUAUACUUAAAAAUUCCAAGAUGCUUCCAAUUUGUGUACUACUUCCCAGAGUACUCAUAUUAGGUGAGUUGCUAAGGUCUCCAUGUGAAACAAACACAAAGGAUCAUCUGUAAUGUUGUAAUUUGUACCUAAGUUUUUUUAUGAGCGAAUUUGCAUUAUAAAUUUUUCCAUUCAUAAACACGUAAGUGGACCAAAGGUUUUUGUCCUUUCCUUCACUGGUUUGCUUUUAAAAAUACAAAAACUGAUUUACUGCAGAAUUAUCGUUCUAUUUUCUCAAUAUAUUAACUUGGAAAAAAAUUUUAGCCUUAUCUCAAUGUGUCCCAAUAGCAAUGUGAUGGAUUUUUGCAAUUUAAAAUCUAAGAUGAUUAUUUACAAGUCAAGUCAAUCUACUGAAUUCCUUUUUUAAAGUAACUUUUGAAGCUAAGAAAAUAUUUCAAAGUAUGUACAUCAUUCUGUAGGUAAAAUUCUUAAGGAUUGCUGUGUUAGUCCUUUAGUUUUACAGUGGACUGUUGUACACUGGUUCAGUAAAAGGAACUUACAAGUAUCUUUUACAUACUGUAAAAGCGGAUGCAGUUAAUUUGUGAAUAGGCGCUAUUUAAUCUUAUUGCCUGAGACUAGCAACAUUGAGAUUUAAAAAUAAUUGGGAAAGGUGAAGCAUAUUGCAAAGAGAUAUACUUACUGAACCAACAGAUCUGUAUUGUCUUCUGACAUAAUUGAAAUGCAACACAUGCACUUUGUGUGUCUCCUUUUAAUUUAAGAGAGGGUUAGCUGGAUGUUUUCUUCUCUUUUUAUCUUGUGUAUAAUUCUAUAUUGCUUAGGAUACUAAAGUAGAACACUCCAGUAUGGGUUUCUGUGUAUUGAAGAUUUAUUUGGAUUUCAAAUUUCAGUUAUGUACUGGGCGUUACAGACUUAAAAACAGCAUAGUGAAUGGUGAGAUUAGUGCAAAACAUUUCUGAAAAUUAAAGACCAUUAUUGCUACCAAAUCAAUGUGACUGUUUCAUAUGCAUUUUGCCUUUAAUUUUAAACAAAGUAUCAUUAGUGAUCAGCUAGCUAACUUCUACUUCCUUUUUCAAGUUGAAAGUUCUCUUAAUUUGUAUAUAACCUGUUGUCUAAAUUUUAUGUACAGUCUUUUAUAAUAAACCAUCUCCUAUAUGAAA